AAUAGGCAAGGAUCAAACUUGUUGAUAAUUGACUCCUCUGUUUAUGUUGCCGUUUUAGGUUUUUGAUUCCUUUCCUAUGACACUUAUGGUUGGGGGAGAACUCUACUCACUAGGUCUUUUUGUAACGGCAGGUCAAGAAGAUUAUGAAAGGUUAAGGCCUCUUACAUAUUCUGAAACAGAUGUCUUCCUUGUUUGUUUUUCAGUUGUUUCACCUUCUUCAUUUUUAAAUAUUACAGCAAAGUGGGUUCCUGAAAUAACUAAGCUUUGUCCAAAAACACCAUUUUUGUUGGUUGGCACAAAAAUAGAUUUAAGACAGGACACUGCAACAACAAAAAAUCUGGAUGAAAAGAAACUAAAGCCUAUUUCAUUUGAACAAGGUGAAAAACUUGCUAAGGAGUUGAAGGCAGUGAAGUAUGUUGAGUGUUCAGCACUUACACAGCUAAGCUAAUGAAGAACACUUUCAUGUCGCAGGAAGGGUUGAAGAAUGUCUUUCAUGAGGCAAUCUUAGCUGCAACCCUCCAACAAGAGCCACAGCCUAAUAAGAGUAGAAGAUGCAUCCUUAUGUAGGUGGGUUUCAGUAGAAGGCAGCUGUGUAAACUAAUCACUGCUCCCUUGGCAACCACUGCAGUAUUAGAAAAGUUUGUAAUUUUCAAGAUCCACUGGUAUCCCUGUUUCUCAUUGUAAAGUCUUUGAAGAGACGAGACAUUUCAUAUUCUUACUUUAUCUGAUGUUCUUUUUGCUUGGCUAUUGUGAUCUUUUUCUAAAGCACUCGCUCAGACAAAAGUUUGAGACACUGAAAGAGGUGUUUUAUGCAAUUGGUUUAUUUUGUAUGAGGUUGUUUAGUUUGCGGUUGUUUACAGUUACAAUUGAUUAGUCUUAGCUACAGACCCUUAGUAUUUCUAUUAAAAAAUUCAUAGGGAAGAUAUUGGUCCUUUUCUUGGUGGUGGAAAAUAUGUAGUCUUAUCACCUAUAGCAUAUUACUAAUUUUACAUUCAUAGUAUGCCUAGUAAAGUACCAUUUUUUAAAAUAGAAAACAUGGAGUGUUCAGAAAUAAUGAUGAACUAACCAUGUUCUAGAAACAUCAGGAGGAACCAAAAAAUGCAUAAAUAAGAAAUUUUCACAAUUGUGAUUACAGUUAAAGAAACACUGAGACCAUCUGAAAAUUGGGUGAUAAUGUUCUAAAAGAUUCUUACUCAAGCUAAAUAAAGUAAAUAUUUAUACUUUUUAUAUACAUA